AUGCAUAGAGGAGUGAUCAUGAUCAUAGUUGGCCGACAAAUUUCCCGAUUGGGCCAUUUCCCCAUUGAGCUAGAGAGCGAACAGACCAAAUAGUGCAAACAAUGCAAAAAGUUUCCAUCCCCGAGGGGUUUCCGUUAUCGCAGAUGUUUUCCGCCCCUCCUCUCUUUUGGUAUUACUCUGUAACAUCAAUUGCUUAAAAAAGGGGCUCGAAAGAAUUCCAUUGUUCCCCAAAGACACUUCCAAUACAAGCAGGAUGGCGACUACCACCAGCCGUGAAGCCUUCGAGGCUGUUUUCCCCACGUUGGCCGAAGAUCUUCUGGCCCAUGCUAAGAAAUAUAAUCUGCCUGAGAAUGCGUUGAAGUGGUUAGAACAGGUGAUCAAUGUCAAUGUUCCCGGUGGAAAGCUCAACCGCGGCCUCUCUGUUCCAGAUACCGGCCUCGCUCUACUGCAGAAGCCCCUGACCGACGAGCAGUUCAAGCAUCUCAGCAUCCUGGGUUGGUUGACCGAGCUGCUUCAGGCUUUCUUCUUGGUCAGCGAUGAUAUGAUGGAUAGCUCGAUCACUCGUCGUGGCCAGCCGUGCUGGUACCGCCACCCCGGAGUCGGGCUGAUCGCCAUCAACGACGCGUUCAUGCUCGAGUCCGGCAUCUACGUUAUCCUCAAGAAGCACUUCCGCUCUCACCCUGCCUACGUCGAUUUCCUCGAGCUGUUCCACGAGACCACCUGGCAGACGGAACUUGGUCAGCUGUGCGAUCUCAUUACGGCCCCUGAGGACAAGGUCGACUUGGACAACUUCUCCAUGGAGAAGUACAUGUUUAUCGUGACCUACAAAACCGCCUACUACAGCUUCUACCUUCCCGUUGCUCUUGCUUUGCACUACCUCGAGCUCGCCACCUCAGAGAACCUUCAACAGACCCACGACAUCCUGAUCCCGCUGGGUCAGUACUUCCAGGUCCAGGACGACUACCUGGACGCCUAUGGUGACCCGGCUGUUAUUGGCAAGAUCGGCACCGAUAUCCAGGACAACAAGUGCUCAUGGCUGAUCAACCAAGCCCUUCAGCGCUGCAGCACUGAGCAGCGCAAGCUCCUCGACACCGCCUACGGCCGCAAGGACAGCGAGCUUGAGGCCAAGGUCAAGGCGCUGUACAAGGAACUCGAUUUGGAGAAGGUCUACAAGGAGUAUGAGGAGAAGACCGUUGGUGAACUCCGCAGCAAGAUCGCAGCCGUUGACGAAAGUCAGGGCCUGAAGAAAGAGGUCUUCGAGGCAUUCCUUGGCAAGAUCUACAAGCGCACCAAAUAGUCGCACUAAAAAAUGGGGCGUGUCACAUUCUGUCUCUUAAUCUCAUUCCUUGAUUCUUUAGUUUCAUACCCCCCCCCCCACCGAACACAUAGACAGCUAAUGAUUAUAUGACGUGCUGUUAACCUGCAUGUAUACACAGUUCAUAAGCUCAUGUUGUUAGACAGAUGCUUUCUUGAUACAAAUAUUUAAUGCAUUUAUAGAGG